UUCUUCCCUUUCUUCGCCCACCCGCUCUCACUUUGCUCCUCGUAUGACCUAUAAUUUUGUCACAGCACAAACUACUUGUUCACUUUACACUUCUUGGCUCCUAGGCGUGCAGGACGUGUCUGGCUUCAGUAUCAAGAAAUAACUGGGUUGUCCAAAAAUGGCCAGUACAUUCUCACGUUUCCUGAUGGGUGGGAGAACUGCUGUUCUCUUAGCAACAGUGAGCACUGGAGCCUUGACAACUGGAUACCUGUUGAAUCAACAGAAUGUGAAAGCUGGGUCCUUUGAAAGACAAAGAUUAUUCCCCCCAAGUGCAGACUAUCCUGAUCUUCGUAAACACAACAACUGCAUGGCUGAGUGCCUCACUCCAGCAAUCUAUGCCAAACUGAGGGACAAGAUGACUCCCAACGGCUAUACCUUGGAUCAGUGUAUCCAAACUGGCGUUGACAAUCCUGGCCACCCUUUCAUUAAAACCGUAGGCAUGGUGGCUGGGGAUGAAGAAUCUUAUGAGGUAUUUGCAGAGAUUUUUGACCCUGUUAUCAAAGUGAGGCACAAUGGCUAUGAUCCAAAAGUAAUGAGGCAUCACACUGACCUGGAUUCUUCCAAGAUUACCCAGGGACAAUUUGAUGAGCGUUAUGUCUUAUCAUCCCGCGUACGCACUGGUCGCAGUAUCCGAGGGCUCAGCCUACCUCCUGCCUGCUCCAGGGCAGAGAGGAGAGAAGUUGAAAAUGUUGUUGUUACUGCACUGGCAGGACUGAAAGGAGACCUUGCUGGAAAGUAUUACAGUCUGACCAGUAUGUCUGAGAAGGAGCAACAACAGCUUAUUGAUGACCACUUCUUGUUUGAUAAGCCAGUGUCCCCUUUGCUAACGUGUGCCGGGAUGGCCCGUGACUGGCCAGACGCAAGAGGAAUUUGGCACAAUAAUGACAAAACAUUUCUUAUUUGGAUCAACGAAGAGGACCACACAAGGGUGAUCUCAAUGGAAAAAGGAGGCAAUAUGAAAAGAGUCUUUGAACGAUUUUGCCGUGGAUUGUUACAGGUUGAAAAGUUAAUUAAAGAACGAGGAUGGGAGUUUAUGUGGAAUGAACGCUUAGGAUACGUCUUGACUUGUCCUUCCAAUCUGGGAACAGGAUUACGUGCAGGAGUUCAUGUUAAACUUCCCAAGCUUAGCAAGGAUCCUAGAUUUGCAAAGAUCCUGGAAAACCUGAGACUUCAGAAGCGUGGCACAGGUGGAGUAGACACAGCUGCUGUAGCAGACAUAUAUGAUAUCUCCAACCUAGAUCGUAUGGGCCGAUCAGAGGUGGAACUUGUUCAGUUAGUCAUUGAUGGUGUGAAUUAUAUGGUUGACUGUGAGAAAAAGUUGGAGAAAGGUCAAGAUAUCAAGAUACCGCCACCACUGCCCCAAUUUGGAAAGAAGUAAAACCACUUCCAGUGAUUAUCAACUGACCUGGAAUGUGUCUGUUGCGGCAGAUUUUUAAGCCUGUAUAUUCAAUUCCUUAAAAUCUUGCUACUAAGAAAACAUCCUAGCACAAAUUCAGUAAAAUGCUGCUUCUGCCUCACA